UCCACGCUCCUCGGGUCGCGCGGUUCUACUCUAUCCACGCCGAUCGGCCGCUCGUACUCCGACGCCAGCUUUCGCGCGAAUCAAUGACAACACGUCCCCGACCUUAAAAACCCAUCAAAUAAAAUGCCGUGUUUAACCGAAAUCGUUCUCUCGGUCCUAGUGGUGUUCUUAGUGUUGGAGAGCAUUUCAGCUUCGAACCCUUGCCCGUCCUUGUGCAACUGCAAGUGGAAAGGUGGCAAACGUGCAGUGGAGUGUAUGGAACGAGGCUUGAUUACGAUUCCAGAAAGUGCCGAUGCCGAAACUCAAGUUCUGGACUUAUCGGGCAACAACUUACAAAUCCUGGCUAGGGAAGCUUUCUUUCGUGUCGGCUUGGUGAAUUUGCAGCGUAUCUUCUUGCGUAACUGCCGGUUAGGACAGAUCGACGACAGUGCUUUUCGCGGAGUGACAAAUUUGAUCGAACUGGACCUUUCCAAUAACUUACUGACCGCAAUUCCGUCAGCAACGUUUCGCGAUACACCGUUUUUGCGCGAACUCCUAAUUGGAAACAACCCGAUACAAAAAAUCGAAGCCGGUGCGUUUCGCAGUUUCCGAGGCCUCGUCAAACUGGACAUGUCCAAUUGUGAAAUUAAAAUGAUCAGUCCCGGGGCUUUUGAAAACAUCGAAGGACUCGAAUCGUUAAAAAUCAACGGAAACCAUCUGUCGGAACUAAGACCUCAAACCGUGGAAGUUUUAUCAAAACUGCAUGGCGUAGAUCUGCACAGUAAUCCCUGGCAUUGUGACUGUCGUUUGCGGGUCAUCAAGGAGUGGUUGGUAAAAAAUAACAUUCCCUAUCCCCAAGAUCCAAAAUGUGCCGGAGGUCCAGAACGUCUAAUUGAGAAAUCUUUCUCUGAAAUCCAUAUCGACGACCUUGCCUGUAAGCCCGAUAUUCUUCCAGUUAGCCGAUACAUUGAAACCGUUUCAGGAGACAACGCCACGUUGACUUGUCGAGCAAACGCCGUACCUCCAGCGCACAUAAAAUGGUACUGGAACGGCAAGUUACUCACCAAUAAUUCUCUGUUUGCACCGCACCAAAAAGUACACGUUUCCGAAACAGGCCGACAAGAAAAAAGAAGCAUUUUGGUUAUCACCAAUGUCCAGCCAGUUGAAAUGGCCGAGUUUUACUGUGUAGCCGAAAACAGAGGAGGCAGUUCAGAAACUAAUUUUACAUUAAGAGUCAUGUCCCGGCCUUUAGGAAUUACGUCACUAGGAGAUGGACAAAUUGCGGGACUUAGUGCGGCUUUAGUUAUCCUGAUACUACUCGUACUGGUGGUAAUUUCGGUUUUGUUGUUGCGCGUUCGCAGAACACCAUACGUAGAAACAAAAACCCCUGGCCAAAUCGAAGUGGUUGCAGUAGUAAACGGUUCUCUGGCACAUGGAAAUGGAAAAGUCGGGGUAUCUCCUACAACACCGACUAUCCAGAGCCCAUCGUUCUGCGAAAGGAAAGAACCGACAGAUCUAAAUUUCUGUAAUCCUGUACAGAAACCUCCCAGAAUCUCCGACCAACCCUACGCGACGAACAAUUAUUCUGGAGGUGGCAGCGUCAUAUCUGGAUCUUACAUAUCGCCGUCUUCUAACUCUGGAAAUAACCCGGAUCUGAUUAAUGACAUGCGACAAUCCGGUAGUACCGAGAUGCUUUCAUCAACAGCUGGCGUAGUAGAGUUAGAUGUUGAUCGCCGAGGCAGUGGUGAAUAUAGCAGGAACGCCGACUCCUUGUACCCGUCGAGUUUGUGGGAAAGCGACUCCUAUAGUAGUCAGAGGGUAGCAAACAACAACCCUGCUUUCAUUUACGAUGACAAAAUCCCGAUCAUCGAAGGCACGAGUGCUACAAGUGAUUCUACCGAAGAAAUAUCCAUUUAUAAAAACAAAAUUAAUGGGUAUCCGCAAGAUUACGGUCUACCAGUGCCGCUAUCCGAAAUGGCCACUCAAGUCAGCCUACCUACCACCGCGAAAACACUGAGAGUUUGGCAAAAGGGUGCGGUACCAGUACUACCCCCUGUUACUGCGUUGAAAAGAGCACUGAGUAGCAACAGGAAUUCGCCUGAUGAAGGCUACCAAGAGGGGUGCGGCACAGAUGUCUAAACCAUCUUUUUUAUACACUUAAUACCAAAGACUAGGUUCCUAAUAUACCAUGUAUGAGUGGGGGGUGCUAGAUAUCGUUUUUUUAGUGCUGUGAAAAUAAUGUAUUAGCGGAAUAACAUGACGUGUAAAUAACUAAAAUAAGAAAAAUAAAUUAAAUGUAUAGAUUUCCCUUUGUGAUAUACGAUGUGUAGUGCUGUCUUUAUUAUUGUAUUUAAUUUGUUGUGUAUAAAUAUUACGAGAUUAUCAAUUUAUCGGUAUAUGUUGGAGUAUACAUGGAUAAAAGAAAAAGACUGAAAAGUAGUUAGUUAUUUGUAAGAAAAUAUGUUUACAAAUAUUAAUAUUCGAUAUCUAUAUCAAGGUGGGUAAAUGCUAUCAUAUAUCGAUCUGGCCAUCGAAACUGUGUGGUCUGGAUUUUAACGUGUAAAACAGUGAUAUAGACAGCUUAAAUGAAAAAUCAAAUGCAUUAAAAAGAGA